AUGUGUCCUCUCUUGCAGUUGCAGGUGGAGAUGGAGGCGGUGGAGCUUAUGAUGGAGUGGGCGUGGCUUGUGCUUGCUGCUUGGCUCGACUUUUGGAGCAAAGCGUCCUUCUGCAACGACAAGGGCCUGUCCUUGUUGCGCUAUGUCUUUGCCAGUGUAAACUCGGCGGUAAGAUUUCUGCGAUUCAUUCAGACGGUCGAGACAUCCGGAUACGGUAACAGGUCUCAAGAGAUAAACGGAACGGUAGCUCGAUACCUGUGCGUAAUUGCGGGAGGUAUAUUUCCUAUCUGGACGCCCUGGUUUGAUGACAUUGGAGCCGCUGGGGCCAACUUCAAUCCAGUGGAUAGACCUGACCAACCGAGGAGUAUUUCUCCUGGCAGUUCGUGA